GGAAAGGAAGUCACACUGCCUUAUUGAAGGUUGUCAGUUUUGGCUACAAAAUUAAAGAGAUGGCUACCCAAGAUUAUCUUCGUCAGGACUGCCAGAUGGUCCAUGGCAUUCCUAUGGUCUACGCAUUCUCCUUUGACUGGGAUAGAAUUGAAAAUUUCCAGAGUAGGCCAGAUGAUAUUGUGAUAGCCACAUAUCCCAAAUCUGGCACAACGUGGCUAAGUGAAAUUGUGGAUAUGAUUCUGAAUAAUGGUGAUCCUGAUAAAUGCAAAAGAGAUGCUAUUUUCAAUAAAGUGCCUAUGUUAGAAUUUGUUGUCCCAGGGAAGAUGCCAGCAG